AUGGAAGAUGAAAGACUGCAAGAACAAGCCAAGCUCGAGGGACCGAAAAAUUGUAUCACGCAAGGUUGCAACAUGUAUGGUACCGAGCUAGGAAACAGUAUUAAUUCGCCAUCUUUACCCAGAGCUACGAUCCUACCACAAAAGUUACCCAUAACAUCACAAAAUUACAAUAAUCAAACGGAUACGUUAAGGUACGGCACGGGACGAUCGACUUUUUACAUGGAAGCCUCACCGAAAUAUUAUGAGACUGCGAAAAAUUUUAGUAAAACCGACGAGAUUAAUUGUCAAAUCGACAACGUGACUUCGUUCAAACGUACCGGAAAUACGGAAACUCCGCCUAAUCCGCCUAAUCCGCCUACUAAUCCGUGUUCUUUGAGCCACGAAAAUUUAAGAAAAAUUCAAAGUUACAACCUUGCACGGGAAGCAUAUCAGCCCAAUGUCAAAAUCGAUGGCGGUCAAUUAUUUAUAAAAAAUCGAAACACGUCUCCGGCACAGAGUAAUGGUGGUGGUAGCAGCAGCAUUUUAAUUUCCGAUUUAACACAUCAUAACGGUCAAAAUCCCGGAAGUAGGAAUUUACCGGAAAUAGAAAACGUUAGUCGUAAAAGAAGUCAAUCUCUGAUGAGUAAAUGCGUCAACGUGAAUGACAAUGCGGUCACGACGAUUAUACCGGUACGUCAGUCCAUACAAAACAGUUUAGAUGAUAUAAUAAGAGAAACGACGGAAUAUUUAAAAGAAAACAACGGCGGAAAUAACGUUUCGUCAGCCGGAAGCGGAAGAAGGAGAAUACCGGUCGAAUACACGGAGGAAACCAUCUCAAUGAACGGAUGUACGGAACGAGGAAAUCAUGGGGAAGAAAUGGAUUAUUACGAGGGUGAUGUAGUCGCUAGGAAAACGUGUUUAAACGUCACGUGUAAAUUUUUCGGGAGUCCAGAAUUGGAAAAUUAUUGUUCGCAAUGUUACAGAGGAAGAUUUGAAAAUUUAGCCAUCGAUUCGUCAUCGAGAAAAUGA